AGAAAAAUUUAGAGGAGAGUAAGCGAGAGAGCAAAGAGGCGCCAAAUGGAAGACGAUUGGGGUUUUAGUGCAGAGGAGCUCGAUUCAAUGGAGAAAGAAGCUCUCAAAAGAGUUGCAGUGAAAAAUACCUUCUCUUCUUCUCAAUCUCCUUCAAAGAGUCCAUCUCAGAAGGUUACAAUCAAAAUAUUCAGAGAUUCUCCCGGAAGAAUCGCUUUGCAAACUCAAUACAACACGGAACUUUUGCAUGUGCUGAAGUCUGUGGUUGGUCAUGAGUGGGAUCAAAGUAGGAGGAUCUGGACCUACCCUGAAUCUCAAUUGGAGAAUUUGGAAGUGGCUCUAAGUUCACUCAAGGAUAUUAUUUCCAGCAUCUCUAUGGUUUCCCCAAUUCGCUCGCACUUGAGAUCUGUGCAAGCAGGCUGUACCCUAGAGCAAAGUAUACUGCGUGAGCUUCCACCAGUACAAGGAUCUGGGUGUGGUAUUCCGUGCUCACCAGAUCUGGGAAGUAAAGGCAAGGGUUUAAGUCCGCAAAAUAUGAAAGGCCAAAUACGGGUGGUGUUAUAUUUGAUUGGCCAAGACCGAGUUGCCGCUCAAAGUCCAUACAAUGAGAGAAUAAAGGAAGCUUGCCAAUCAGUAAAAGGAAGACAGUGGAAUGCUGAGGAAAGGGUUUGGACAUUUCCUCUUGCUUCAUUGAAAGAAGCGGUGGAUUCAUUGACCUCAAUCAUAUCUCCCGUUGUUACGAUUGAGGCUUCCCCGCCUUUGGUUUUACCUGCUUUGCAAGUAUCUCAUGGAACUGGCAGGCGCUGUGAAGGUGAUCGUUCUGUGAAAACAUCACUUUGGAAUGAUACUUCUAACAAAAGCUGCAUCCAAGACAAUGUUUGCCCCAAGAAUUUGGAGAAGAUUACAAUUAAGUUUUUCCUUCAUCCUAGUUGCAAUAUUGCCGCUAAGUUUGAUUAUCAGCAGGCACUCGUGAAUGCCAUAAAAAAGAUACCCAAAUGUACUUGGCAGGCGAAAGAAAGGCUCUGGUUGUUCCCAUUCUCUUCCCUGUCAUCGGCUGAAAAGGUUCCUAGCGAAGUGGAUGGCUUAGAUGUUGAGGUGUACAAUUUGGAUUCGCUGGUAAGACGUGCUCUUGAUGCUGCUUCUAAUGUUUCAGAUCUUCAUGACUUAUACAAAAUGAUGCCGAGCAAUAUUGAAUCAAACCUCCUGCCAUUUCAACGAGAUGGAGUAAGGUUUUUGUUGGAACAUGGGGGACGUGCUCUCUUAGCGGAUGAGAUGGGUCUUGGAAAAACUAUACAAGCAAUUGCCUUUUCGUCAUGCAUUCAGGAUUCUUGGCCCGUUCUUGUUCUCACUCCAUCAUCCUUGCGUUUACAUUGGGCUACUAUGAUUAACCAGUGGCUGAAUAUCCCUCCGUCGGACAUCCUGGUGGUCUUGUCCCAGUUUGGUGGAUCAAACAGAGCUGGUUUUAAAAUAGUUCAUUCAAUUUCCAAGGGGUCUAUACAGCUGGAUGGUGUCUUCAACAUAAUUUCUUAUGAUAUGGUUACUAAGUUACAACAUGUGCUGCUUGCUUCUAAAUUCAAGAUUGUUAUUGCAGAUGAGUCACACUUCUUGAAGAACCCCCAAGCCAAAAGGACAAGUGCUUGUCUUCCAAUUCUGCAGAGAGCUCGACAUGUGGUUCUUUUAACUGGCACUCCAGCAUUAUCUCGACCAAUUGAGCUGUUCAAACAGUUAGAAGCUCUAUAUCCUGAUGUAUACAAUAAUGUACAUGAAUAUGGUCAGAGAUAUUGCAAGGGUGGUAUAUUUGGAUUGUAUCAAGGAGCAAGCAACCAUGACGAGCUGCAUAAUUUAAUAAAAGCAACUGUUAUGUUCCGCAGGCUUAAAAAGGAUGUGCUUUCUCAACUUCCUGUAAAACGUAGGCAGCAGGUAUUUUUGGAUUUGGAUGAGAAGGAAAUGAAGCAAAUCCGUGCUCUGUUUCGGGAGUUGGAGAUGGUGAAAAACAAAAUUAAGGCUUGCACAUCCCAGGAAGAGGUUGACACCCUCAAGUUUUCGGAAAAGCAACUCAUCAACAAGAUCUUCAAUGAUUCAGCAGAAGCCAAAAUUCCGGCAGUUUUGGAUUAUUUGGAAACUAUUGUUGAGGCAGGUUGUAAGUUCCUAAUAUUUGCUUAUCAUCAACCUAUGAUGGAUGCAAUUCAUCAAUUUCUUCUUAAAAAGAAUGUUGGUCUUAUCCGAAUUGAUGGAAGUACCCCAACAUCAACUCGGCAAGAUUUGGUUACUCAAUUUCAGGAGAAAGACAAUGUCAAAGCCGCAGUGUUAUCUAUAAAAGCAGGAGGAGUUGGAUUAACGCUGACUGCUGCUAGCACUGUCAUUUUUGCUGAGCUAUCAUGGACCCCAGGUGAUAUAAUUCAAGCUGAAGAUCGUGCUCACCGAAUUGGUCAGGUAUCAUCUGUGAAUAUCUACUACUUGCUUGCCAAUGACACAGUAGAUGACAUCAUUUGGGAUGUUAUCCAGAGCAAGUUGGAAAAUUUGGGACAGGUAUUUGACGGGCGAGAAAAUUCAUUGGAAGUUUCAAAUUGCCAGACUAGAAACCGUUCUGGCUCUCAAGCAAUGAAUUCUCCAAGCCAGGCCAACAUCAACUUUAGGUCUCAAACAGUGGCUUCAUCAAGUCCGAGCAAGGGCAAAUCUGGGGUUCAGACAUCAUUGGACUCGUUUCUUAAACGUUGUCGUGGUAGUGAUGGUAGCGAGGAUGAUCAUUUAAAACCAAAGAACCCUAGACUUUGAACUUUUUAGGAAUGUGGAGAUAGCUGUAUAUAUGCCAUUUUUAUCCCUCAUUUGUUAGAGGUCCUCUUUGUAUAGUAUCACUUCAGGACCUGGUGUUGAGGGAAGUUAGCAAAUAGCCUUAUCUUGAUCUCUUUUGGUUUUUCUAUCAAAGUGCAUGGAAAACUCUACUGAACAUCAGGGGAAAGGAUAUGUGAAUAGUGAUGAAGACCGAUCUUCAGUGCACGCAUUGUGUGUGUGUGUGUGCGUGUGUGAGAGAGAGAGAGGAGUAAUGGUGAUGAAGAUUAUGGGUCUCAUUUUCCCUCUUAUUUUUCUUUUGAAGGGAGAGAAAAUACUUGGUUUUUCUAGAAAUUGGGUUAUUCUGGACCUCAAUCUUUUUUUCCUCUUUCUUCUUUGGGUAUUAUGUAAUUUAAAUGUAUAUAGGAAAAGUAUAAUUUAAUUAAGAUGCAUUUCACCAGACCAAGGGGCAUUUUGUAGAAACAUAUUCAGCCUACAUCAAAGUGGGUAUAACAUGGGAUAAUUAUGAUGUAAUUCUGGAGUUUUGGACUUAUUUUUUUUAUAUUUCACUAUUUCGUAAUCCGGGUUCUUGUUUAUGGAAGA